AUGUCUCGUCAGUCUGUCUGCAGAAGCUUUGGAGGCGGGAGCAGAAGGGGCUUCAGCUCUUGCUCUGCCGUCUGUGGUGGCUUUGGAGGAGGUGGCAGCAGAAGCAGGAUCAGCUAUAGCUCGUUCUCUACAUCCAGGGGAAUUGGAGGCGGUGGACGUUGUGGAGGGUUUAGCAGCAGAAGCCUCCACAACUUAGGUGGCAGCGGAAGGAUUUCCAUAGGUGGCUCUUAUGGCGGUGCCUACGGAUGUAGAAUUGGUGGCUUUGGUGGAGGCUAUGGAGGAGGAUUUGGCAGCAUUGGAGGAGGUGUCAUUGGUGGAGGAAUAGGUGGCUUUGGUGGUCCUGUGAGAGGUGGUCCUGGCUUCCCUGGAGGCAUCCAGCCAGUGCAGGUUGACCCAACUCUCCUGCGUCCAGUCCAUGUUGAUAUUGAUCCUCAAAUCCAGCAAGUGAAGUGCCAGGAGAAGGAGCAGAUCAAGACCCUUAACAAUCAGUUUGCCUCUUUCAUUGACAAGGUCCGUUUCCUGGAGCAACAGAACAAGGUCCUCUCCACCAAGUGGGAGCUCCUCCAGCAGCAAGGGCCUACGGGACCAAGGAAGAACCUGGAUGUCAUCUUUGAAAACUACAUCCAGAACCUGAGGAAGAGGUUGGAAGCUCUCCUGGGACAGAGGGGACAGCUGGAGUCAGAGCUGCAGAACAUGCGGCAAUAUGUCGAGGAGUACAAAACCAAGUAUGAAGAAGAAAUCAACCGUCGCACUGCUGCUGAAAACGAGUUUGUGGUGCUCAAGAAGGAUGUGGACUGUGCCUACAUGACUAAAGUAGAAUUGGAAGCCAAGGUGGGAGCUCUGACCGAUGAAAUCAACUUCCUGAGGUGCAUCUAUGAGGAGGAACUGGCUCAGAUGCAGACAAUCAGUCGGGACCUGUCAGUGGUGGUGUCCAUGGACAACAACCGUCACCUGGAUCUGGACAGCAUCAUCGAGGAGGUCAGGCGUCAGUACGAGCAGAUCGCUCAGAACAGCCGCGCUGAAGCUGAGGCUUGGUACCAGAGCCGGUAUGAAGAGCUGCAGAGCACUGCUGGAAGGCAUGGGGACAACCUCCGCAACACCAAGAUAGAGAUCCAAGAGUUGACAAGGAAUGUCCAGAGGCUGAGGGCUGAGAUUGAGAAUGUGAAGAAGCAGAACCAGCAGCUGCAGGCAGCUAUUGCUGAGGCUGAGGAGAGGGGUGAGAUAGCCCUCAAGGAUGCCAGGAGGAAACUGGAUGAACUGGAAUGUGCCCUGAACAAAGACAAGGAGGAGCUGGCUCGCUUGCUGAAGGAGUACCAGGAGCUGCUGAACAUUAAGAUUGCACUGGACGUUGAGAUUGCCAUGUACAGGAAGCUGCUGGAGGGAGAGGAGAACAGGCUCUGUGGAGAUAACCCAUCCAACGUAAAUAUCUCUGUGGUAGGCAGAACCACCAUUGCUGGAGGCAGAGCUGGUGGCUUUGGAGCCAGCAGUGGUGUAGGAGGAGGAGUAUGUGCAGUCGGAGGAGGAGGAAGCAUCAUUGGAGGCCCUUGUGGUGUAGGAGGAGGAAUCCUCAGUGGUGGCUUUUCUUCUGGAAGUGGAAGAAUCUGCAGCUCUGGAAGUGGUAACUUCGUUGCAGGGGGGGGAUCCUCCUCUGUGCGGAGAUGUGUCACAACCACAACGGUCAAGUCUUCAGGUGUAAAAUACUGA